AUGGAACUGAGUUGGGGAAUCUUUGCGACGGGAAGAGUAGCAAAAGUAUUUGCAAAUGAUCUUCUCGUCUAUGCCACUUCACGAGGAGUCACCGAUAUAACCCACGUUCUCGCUGGUGUGGCUUCAUCUAGCUCUCUCACUUCGGCAAGACAACUUCUCCAAGCUAUAAACGGUCCACCAACAUGUUGCAUAUACGAUAAAUACUCCGACCUGGUCUUGAACCCAGAUAUUGACAUUGUAUACAUUGCCAGUCCCCACUCUCACCAUUUUCAAAAUGCCAUGCUCGCCUUGGAGGCCGGAAAACACGUUCUAUGCGAAAAGCCGAUCACGGUGAAUGCAGAUCAAGCCAGGAAACUUUUUUCGGUCGCAGCGAGAAAGGGGCUGUUCUUGAUGGAAGGAAUGUGGACACGAUUUCAACCUGUCGGCCAAGAGCUUCAUCGUGCCUUGAAAUAUCGUACAAUUGGGAAUAUCAUUCGGGUCAUUGCGGAUAACGGACUGGGCGUGGAUGAUUCGACUGAAUGGCCCCCGAGCGAUCGGAUGAUACGAAAAGAACUUGGUGGAGGCGCUUUGUUGGAUUUGGGUGCAUACCCUAUACACUGGAUACUGCAAACUCUCAGACCGAAUCAUCCGCUGGAUAUCUUGUCCACUGUCUCGAAGCAUGUUGAAACAGGUGUAGAUGAAUCCAUGUCAAUUCUUAUGAGAUUCGCUUCCCGCGACCCAACCGGUCCAGAUAUUUUGACUAUCGCAAACGCAAGUAUAUCAGCCGCAGAUAAUUACGAUGGGAAUACUCCAGUGGUUCGAAUUCAAGGCGAGACGGGCGAAAUUCAGCUUUUUGGUCCCGCAUGGCGGCCAUCGAAAAUGUGCGUGAUUAAAAGGGAGCAGUCAUUUGGUGCUGCAGACCCAUUGGGUACUCCACAACCCGAAGCAACAAGCUGUGAACGAUGUCGCAAUCUGGAUCUCGAGUAUAUAAUCGAGCGGACAUAUCUCGGACGUCCAGCUGCGAAACGCGCAAAACGCGCGAUUUUCAACAAAUCUCCAAAUUCAGAUAUUUCCAACUCACCGGAAAGUGCACAAGAUGAGGAGAAGUCCGUCAAGUUGUCGGAUUCGAUUCGCCAGUAUCUCUUUUCGGGCGCAAUGGAUACCAACUUGAUGCUGCAAACCACGCGAGAUACAAAUUCUUCAUCCGGUGAAGAGGAACUUUACCAUUCUAUGACCAAUACUGGUUCUUUAAUUGCCUCGAUAUUGGCCAAAGAUGCCUCGUUUGGAGCUGGCAUUCAAUUAGUCUCAACAUGGGACGCCCCACUCACAGACCUUGAUUUCAUUUUCUGUCCACCCACACAUCCCGAUUCGAUUCUGCUGUGUCGCUUCCUCGCAGCAUUCAAGCCAACGGCAUUGGCAACCUCACAGAGAGUUGCGCAUCAGGCUGUAAAGGCGGAACUGUAUAUCAAUCUUGCAUAUCGGAUCGCUGAACGUCUAGAAUUACUACCUGAACCUGAACGCGCACCCUUCACAGGGACGAAUGCAAUUGAUAGCGUAGAGAUGGAGCGUGACCUUAUUUUGUCUAUCCAGGGUCUUCAGUUGAUAUCGGAUGAAUUCCUCUUGGGAGACUUCCUGACAAUAAUGCUUGGUCUUGGUUUAUUCUACGCAUCCGUUCUUCGAGCGAGAUCUGAAACUGGUGAAUCACAAACACAUGCAAGUCCAGAUAUCCGCCGAGAAGAAGCCAUUCAGAUGGGUGAAAAGGUGAUAAAUACUCUCAUGACAACACCCAAUGAUCAGAGAGAUUCACAUUUCUUUAACUUCCUCCACCAUUUUGGUGCCCGGUACCCUGACAAACUGCAAGGGAUCCUAGCCAAGUUCGUUGAGUGUGGAACGAUCCGAUUAGGCGGCAACGAUUUCCAUGCUCCAGUACGCCCAAUCGUCCUGGAGAUUGUUAGCCAUUGCAAAAACAUUAUCGAGAACAAUCUUCUUCGAUUCAAAGUUAAUGGCAGACCCCAUCCUCACUUUGACAAGCAGCUUGAAAUGUUUACGCAGUGUGCUCAAAAAUUGGCCGCAAUGGUUGCUAUACCAGGAAGCUCACCCGAGGCUUCUUUUAGCAGCGGAUGUGUGUAUUCUGCAAGUAGCAAUAUGACCUACGGUCUGUGCGAUUUGAUGAACAGUUUGAAACUGCAGGCUUCACUGGUCAAAGACUGGGAUGAAGCUAUUGGCGUAAGCAAUAUGUCUUUGCUUACUACAGAUCCUCCCAUGCAUUUCAAUUCUUUUGAGGCAUGGAAUCUGCCAGUGUGGCCAAAUCCCGAUCCACUGGAGCAGCCUCCAGUAUCGCAAAAUAUCUUCGACUGGGCGUUACAAUCUGAGACUCAGUUUGAUGAGACCAUGUUAUCUUUUCCAAACGAUGUGCAUAUUCUGUAA